AUGGCAUCAGGCACAACCCAUGACCACAGUGCCUCCUGGACCGGUGACGACCCGCCGUCCGCGACAACUACGCACCUCGAUAGAAUCGAUCUGUCCAGAGCGUCCACCGCACGGCUUCCUAGACUCGUGACCAAGGUCUUGCAACGGUGGUUUGCAGCGCACUUAUCUCACCCUUAUCCGACAGAACAAGACAAGAAGAUGUUGCGGGAGCAGACAAAUCUCAGUGCUCGACAAAUAUCCAAUUGGUUUGCCAACGCGCGCCGUCGACAUCCUGCGGGCUCUAUCGACAAGCAUGCGAGGUCGUCUGCAGGAUCCAUGUCUGUCCCCAAUCUGGCGAGCACGGCGAAAUGGCAGAACAUGGGUCCCUUGGAUCGCUGGCGCAACUCUCCCCCGGACCAGGAACCUGCACCAUUGGACGCGAUUGCGGCCGCAGUUCGUGAUUCACACAACUUUGGGGACAUGGGUCCCCCGUUGCCACCCAACUCUUUCAACGCACCAAGCCAUCCUCCCCGUGCGUAUUCUGAUAUAUCAUUUGAAUCUUUAAGCUCUGCGAAGACCAGUCAAUCGUCAAAUUCUAAAGAGAGUGCCUGUUCGUUUGAGUCCAGCGCCUCAAAUUCGAAUUUGAGCCGCUCUUGGCAUAUUUCGCGUCGACGCCGACGUCGUUCUCUCGAGCAUUUUCAACCGCCAUCAAGAAACACUCAGAAUGACUAUAAGGCACGUAGAUUUCAGUGUACAUUUUGCACAGACACAUUCAAGUCAAAAUAUGAUUGGACACGCCAUGAAAGCACCUUACACCUCCUUCUUGAGAAAUGGGUUUGCUGUCCUCAAGGCCCAAUCUGCUUUGGCCAAGUUUCGCGUUGUGCUUUCUGUGAAGCCCCGAAUCCCACCGCCUCCCAUCUACAAUCACACAAUUACUAUGAAUGUGCGGCAAAGCCUGCAGCUCAACGAAUUUUCGGUCGGAAAGACCACUUGCGGCAACACUUACGUCUAGUUCACAGAGUUGAGCGUAUGACAGACUCGAUGGCUGCAUGGAAGAGCAUGAUUACUUGGGUGAAUUGCCGUUGCGGCUUCUGUGAAGAGCGAUUUGUCAGUUGGUCUGAUCGCAACGACCACAUUGCGGAGCAUUUCCGGGAGGGAACAUCUAUGAAGGAAUGGAAAGGUUGUCGCGGGUUAGAUCCGGAGAUAGCCUUGCUCGUCGUGAACGCCAUGCCACCAUAUUUGAUUGGCGGUGAGAGGAGUGAGUUCGAGCCAUUCAGCGCCUCACGAAACGUGAACGGAGCGACAAACUCUGAUGGACAUGUACGGAGAGGGCCUACAGGCUUCGAGUCGCUAACCGCACGCCUCGGCGACUACGCGAUGCGAGCCAUGAGAGACGGUGUCGUCGUCACUGACGAGACCGUGCGAAGACAGGCACGAGUAAUCAUGUUCGGAGACGACGACGCUUGGAACCACACCCCGGCCGACAAUGCCGAAUGGCUGCGAUUAUUCAAAGAAGGAGUCCGUCUGCAGUCGGCCACCAUCCCGCCCCCGACGCAGUUUGACGAAUAUCCCUUGCUCCCUUCCAAAACCCCAAAGGUAUUGCAGGCAUGUGCUUUUGGAGAUGCAGGUGUAUCGUUACCAACGCCGCUUGACUCUACAUCGCUACCUCCAGAAGUAUCGUCGCCUUUCGGAGGAACAGACAUCAUCAACGAUCUGCUCUCACCAUAUAUGGUCAACGAGGGUUUGGAUUUAAACAAUCUGCCUUUGUGCUGGCAAACACCGGAGUGUUUAGCUGAGUUCAGCCAGUUGUCUCCUACACGGGGUAAUCUGAAGCCUAUAAAUUUUCGCGCCAAUGGCACCAGUAAUUGUCCACCUAGUGCAUUUCGGGCUGGAAUACAACGAUCCGAUAACUUUGGAGUUGUGUUCCCCGUUUCAGCACGGGAUAUUCAGGCCGGGACGCAAGACCCCUCGCCUUCAGUUACAGAUGCCUGUGGCUCUGGAUUUUCCGAAUGGACCAGCGUGGACGACCUGGUCUUUCCUUUUGAUUUGGGUCUGUCUUAG